AUGUCAAGUGAAUCUGAUCAACUACAAUUUAUAAUCAAUUUUAUAAGAACUCAUAUUAUUACUUGGUAUGGUGUACUUAUAAUAAGUACUUCAUUAUAUUUUGGUGGUUUAUAUAUAAAAAGAGAAAUAUUUAGAAGAAAACAUGGUUGUAAAGAACCACAAGUUUAUCCAGAUGGUGGAUUUUUAGGUAUAAAAUUAGGUUAUGAUUUACAACAUUAUAAAAAAACUGGUGAAUUAAUUGAUUUUCCAUUAAAACUAUUUAAAAAAUAUGGUAAUAAAGAAACUUUUAGUGCUUAUUUAUUUGGUGUAAGAGUUGUUGUUACAACUGAACCAGAAAAUUUAAAAGCUAUAUUAGCAACUCAAUUUAAUGAUUUUAGUUUAGGUACAAGACAUGCACAUUUUGCUCCUUUAUUAGGUGAUGGUAUUUUUACAUUAGAUGGUAAUGGAUGGAAAGAUUCAAGAGCUAUGUUAAGACCACAAUUUGCAAGAGAACAAAUUUCUCAUGUACAAAUAAUUGAACCUCAUUUACAAAUUUUAAAAAAACAUAUUGAUAAAAAUAAAGGUAAAAUAUUUGAUAUUCAAGAAUUAUUUUUUAGAUUAACUGUUGAUACAAGUACUGAAUUUUUAUUUGGAGAAAGUGUUCAUUCUUUAUAUGAUGAUUCAGUUGGUUUAAAAUGUGAUGAUCAAGUUGCUGGUUUUGCUGAUGCUUUUAAUGAAGCUCAAAAAGCAUUAGCUGUUAGAACUUAUUUACAAGUUUUAUAUUUUUUAUAUAAUCCACCAUCAUUUUGGAAAAGUACUAAAGUUGUUCAUAAUUUUGCAAAAACUUUUGUUAAUAAAGCUUUAAGUUUAACUCCUUCAGAAUUAGAAGCAAAAGAAAAAGAAGGUUAUAUAUUUUUAUAUGAAUUAUCAAAACAUACAAGAGAUCCAAAAAUUUUACAAGAUCAAUUAUUAAAUAUUUUAGUUGCUGGUAGAGAUACAACUGCUGGUUUAUUAUCUUUUUGCUUUUUUGAAUUAUCAAGACAUCCUCAUAUUUGGGAAAAAUUAAAAGAAGAUAUUUAUUUACAUUUUGGUUCAGGUGAUGAUAUUGAUUUAUCUUCAAUAACUUUUGAAACUUUGAAAAAAUGUAAUUAUUUAAAAUGGGUUUUAAAUGAAACUUUAAGACUAUAUCCUUCAGUUCCAAUUAAUUUUAGAGUUGCAACAAAAGAUACUACAUUACCAUUAGGUGGUGGUGAAGAUGGUUCAUCGCCAGUUUUUGUUGGAAAAGGUACAACAGUUGCUUAUGCUCCUUAUGUUUUACAAAGAAUGGAAAAAUAUUAUGGUAAAGAUUCUGAACAAUUUAAACCUGAAAGAUGGGAAAAUAUUCCAAAAUUAGGUUGGGCUUAUUUACCUUUUAAUGGUGGUCCAAGAAUUUGUUUAGGUCAACAAUUUGCUUUAACUGAAGCAAGUUAUGUUAUUGUUAGAUUAGCUCAAAUGUAUCCAAAUUUAAUUUGUGGUGAUAAAAGACCUGAUCCAUGUAUGAAAUUGAUUCAUUUAACAAUGAGUCAUAUGGAUGGUGUUCAUAUUGGUAUGAGUAAAUAA